AUGAGACUUGAACUCGUCAUAAGAUUCACCAACGCCUUAUCGUCUACAGAGCAGAUACCCGAUCUAACUAUACCGAUCAGCAUCAAUUUUGAUAAAGACGAUGUAAACAAGUUGAUCAAUACGAUUUGGUUGAAAGCGUCCAUCAGAAGCAAAUUGCCACAGUGCUCGACCAAGCGAUUGAAAUUGAUUUAUAACGGACGAGUAUUGAAUGAAAAGACUGACUUUCUAAAGGAAGUUUUGAAGCCCCGGUUGGCAACAUUGUCUGAUAAUGACUCCAUAUACAUUCAUUGUGUUGUGAGUGAGGAGUUAACAAGACAGCAGCUUGAGGAUGAGAGCAAGUUGGAUAAUAGACCUCAAGAAGUCACCACUACCCCCAAUGUGAUUGGUUUUGACCGUUUGUUGCAACAAGGAUUUUCAAGGGAGGAUGUCAAUGAUUUGAGGAGGCAAUUUUAUCAAAUAUACGGCCAAGGAUUAGCCAGCACUGGCAGUGAAAUUACCGAUUUAGAGGAAGAUGAAAAUAGGCAACGUAAUUUACGACAGUUAGAAGAAAGAUGGAUUGAAUCUACUUCAAAUAAUGAUGCAGUUGAGCAAGGUGCAACAACGGGAAACACUGCAUCUGCGGGUACAGAAACUGGAGAUCAAGUACCACCUCAAACACCAUUAGAUACCGACGAAACAAGAAUCAAUGAAGAUUUGCUACUUGGAUUCUGUCUCGGUGUGUUUCUUGGAGUCAUAUCGGUAGUAUUUCUUCUAGUUGAUGACACGGUAUUCAACAAAAGACAAAAGAUGGCAAUUAUAGCUGGUCUAGCCAUCAAUUUUUCGUUGGCAUUGGUAAGAGGAUUGUGGUUAUGA